GGAGUGGAAACGGCGACAUUUCUGGUAGGUGUUUCGCGGCAUAGCGCGGAUGGCUCGAGGCGAGGCGUCGUCCGUGAGCACCAAGCUCCAGUCCAAGGCCGUCAAGUACUUUGCGCCGACCGAGUCGGCCAAGGUCGCGGUCGCCACCGAUGCGCCAACCAAGUCCCCGACCAAAGGCGUCGAGGUCGAGACCAAGAAAAAAUCGAGCUACACGACCAGUGCACUCGUGGCGUACAAGGUCGACACGUUCAUUUCGACGCGACGAGGCCAGACGAUCACGCUCGUUUCCUUUGGCACAGUGUUUACAAUCAUUAUCGGCCUGCUCAUCAGCGCCAUGGAGCACGAGCUAACCGUGCCUGAGGCAAUCUGGGAGGCUUGGAUGUACAUGACGUUUCCAGGUGCGCAGCGCGAGGCAGUGAGCUGGGACCAUCGCGCAAUUGCAAUGGUCGUCUCGAUUGUCGGCAUUCUCUUCUUUGCCGUCAUUCUCGGGUUUGUCGUCGACAGCGUCCGGGAAAAAAUGGACUCGCUCAAGAAGGGCAAAAGCAACGUCGUCGAGGAAAACCACACGCUGCUCUUGGGCUGGACCGACAAGUCGAUUUACCUCAUCAAAGAGCUGUGUCGCGCCAACGAAAGCGAAAAGGGCGGUGUCGUCGUCGUGCUCGCCGAACUCGAGAAGGAGGAACUUGAAGCCGAGCUCCACUCGCACAUGCACCCGGACGAUUUCCUCGGCACCAAAGUCGUCUUUCGAACUGGGAACCCGCUCUUGAUUGUCGACCUCAAAAAAGUGUCGGCGCACACGGCACGAAGCAUUGUCAUCAUGGCUACUGUCGGUGACGCCGACAAGUCGGACGCGGCGGUGCUGCGCAUCAUUUUGUCUCUUCUCGGCCUCGACUCGCUACGCGGCCACAUUGUUGCUGAAGUCCGUGACAUUGACAACGAACCGCUCAUCUCGCUUGUCGGUGGCGGCGCGGUCGAGUCGCUCGUGUCCCACGAUGUGAUUGGACGGCUCGUCAUCAUGUCGGCGCGCUCCCCGGGUCUCGCCAAAGUCUUCCGUGCUGUCUUGGGCUUUGAAGGCAACGAAUUCUACAUCAAGGAGUGGCCAACUUGCGUCAACGUACCGUUUGUCCGGCUACAAGCCUAUUUUGAAGAUGCAAUUCCGAUCGGCGUCGAGACCAGUGACGGCGACAUCGUCAUCAAGCCCGACAUGGGCCGCCAAAUGCGGGCGGGCGAAAAGAUCAUCUUUCUUGCCGAAGACAACGACUCGUACAAGGUGCGGGAGACUCCGAUCGAGAUCCCUGCCUGUCGUGACCACCCGCUCCUCGUGACGGAGCGCGAGGUCGAGAAGAUUCUCAUGUGCGGAUGGCGACGCGACAUUCGCGACAUGAUCAAGCUCAUUGACGAAGUCGCUCUGCACGGCUCCGAAGUGCACUUGCUCUGCGAAGACCCGCCAAUCGAAGAGCGUGACGCACUGCUCGUCGAAGCCGGCCUGGACUUGGCGUCGCUCGAGAACAUUGCCCUCAUCCACCAAUAUGGCAACACGGCGAUCCGGCGCCACGUCGACCAGCUCCCGCUUGAGAUGUACACCAGUGUCAUGAUUCUCGGCGACCAAGCGCGGGAAACCGAUAUCUUGCACUCGGACUCGCACUCGCUCUCGACCGUGCUCUUGCUGCGCGGGCUCCAGGCAGCGCGGCGGCGCAAGGCCAAGCAACGGCUCUUCACACAGCAGGUCGCCGACUCGAUCGCCAAGUGGAUCCACAAAGGCAGUCCCGAGAAGACCCCGUCGUGCCCUUGCAUCACCGAGAUCCUCGACCCGCGAACGCAAAAAACGAUUGCGAGCAACAAGACGAUCUCGAUGCACUCGGAGUUCAUCCAGUCCAACGAGCUCGUGUCGUGCAUGCUCGCCAUGAUCUCCGAGUCGCGCGAAGUAAAGAAGAUCCUCAACGAGCUGCUGGGCACGGUCGGGUGCACAUUUUCGGUGGAGGCCCACACGCGCUACUGCGAGAAGGACGAACUGCUCUCGUUCUACCAAGUGGCCAAGCGAGCACUUGUCCACGACGAAGUGCUCUGCGGGUACCAACUGCAUACGGGCAACGAUGGCACGGAGCUCAACCCGCCAAAGAAGAGCGUCGUCCGGAGCUGGAACGACGUGGAUUUUGUCAUCAUCCGCGACAAGCGCAAUAAGAGCGAAGAAAAAAAGCUGCACCUCAUCGAGUCGACGACAGCAGCGUUCUCAGACAUGGCCCGACACCACCGCGUCCACGGUCUCCUCGACCACCACUCGGAGAGUCUUGUCGAGCACACGCAGGAUGUGAGCGCCAUGCCCAAAGCCGACGACCACCAAGUUGUCGAGAUCACGCGAGACGUCUUGCAGCGUCUUUCGGGGAAGCUCUCGGUCAUCCUGAAGGAGUGCGAGCGUCGCUCGUCCUCCGUGCAUCUGUCGCCAGUGUAAUCCCAAUGUAGUCUUCGUUGAUAGAUCCCA